AUGCAGGUAAGGAGACUGCUGCUUGUGUUGGCAUGUUGCAUCGAUGCAAGUGGAGCUUCCAGUGCUUGGAGCACAGGCCGUCGAGUGCAGCGCGUGUGCACGUUUGAAGGUUACUAUGCAAUCCCAGGAGCGAUUACAACGCAGCCAUGUCCUGGCACACUACCCUGUCCGCCCGGAUCUUACUGCACUGGCGGAGAGCGCCGACCGUGUCCUGCCGGCGUCUAUGGAGCUGAGGAAGGUUUACGUACGAAACAAUGCUCAGCUCCUUGCCCCGAAGGUUUUUACUGUCCGGAAGGAACUGCAGUACCGAUCGAAUGUGGCGCUGCAGACGUGUAUUGUCCUUUAAGUUCGACGAACCCACUCCCGGUGCCUGAAGGUUUCUACGGAGUAGGAGGAGAGCCGACACUUCGACGCCGCAGUAGUAUUAGUCCGUGCAAUCCUGGAUCCUUCUGCGUCGCUGGAACAUCGCAGAAAUGUCCUGCAGGGACUUAUGGAACUAUUGCGAAACUCAUAACUUCCAAGUGCACAGAUCUGUGUCCAGUUGGCCAUUAUUGCCCCAAAGGCAGCACUCAACCAGCCCCGUGUCCAGCUGGGACGUAUGGAGAUACUGCAGGCCUUAGAGAUCCUAGUUGCUCCGGUGUGUGUCCUGUUGGUUACGCCUGUCCUGAAGGAACUGCGUCAGCCACGACGUGGCCAUGUGAUCACGAUACAUUCUGUCCAGCUGGAAGCUCCAAGCCUCGAGCACCUCGUCAAGGCACACAUGUGGUCAAGACAACAGAGACAGAGGAAGUGCCGUGUCCUGUAGGCUCGUUUUGCAGUCCAAACGAGGCUCCAGGUGGAUCGAGACUUUGUCCAGGUGGAACGUUUGGCAACGUCACGGGACUUGCAACUGCUGCGUGUUCUGGACUGUGUAAAGCAGGAUAUUACUGCCCUAAAGGUAGUAUAAGCCCUACACAACUACCUUGUGGCAGUGUGGAUGUAUUUUGCCCUCCUGGUUCGACUGCUCCAACGCAAGUGACACCAGGGUAUUACACUAUUGGCCUAGUAAUGGCUAAGAGUUCACUAACUGUGGACGAGUUGAAUGCAGAACGUGCCAAAGAUCGAAUCACGCGCGUGGCUCAGCGAAGAUGUGAACCUGGUCGUUAUUGUGUGAAUGGAGAGCGGUUUGCUUGUCCUGCUGGUACCUUUGGUAACAAAACAGGGCUUACUACAUCCGAGUGCUCAGGUUUGUGUGCUGGUGGAUACUAUUGUCCAGAAGGAAGCAUUGUGGAUCAUGCUUUAGCCUGCGCAACAAGCGUGUCUUUCUGUCCGCAAGGCUCGGCGGCACCUAUCCUGACGGAUACAGGAUACUGCGCUAUCUCCGAGGAUAACCCUGCUGGAGCAAGAUAUUAUGCUCAACGUAAGGCUAAACCAGGAGAGUUUGCGUGGAGAGGAACGUGUUAUCCCUGUCCAGCGGGAAUUUACGGCUCUGAAGAGAUGGAGACAAGAUCGACUUGUUCUGGGCCGUGUGCUGCAGGAUACUACUGUCCUUCAGGAAGUACGACUCCUACUCAACAUGAAUGUGGUUCACCUGCUGUGUAUUGUCCUGAGAGUUCUGCUAAGCCCUGGCAAGUACUAGAGGGGUACUACACGUCGUUGCAAGUUGAAGCGAUCGUUCCGAAUGGAACUCAAGCUCCUGGUUGCGAGCCAGGAAAGUAUCGAGACUAUUCUACAACUGCCAGUGCCUUCAUGGACGUAGUUACUGGUCGCAGUCCUGUCGUUGUUGACUAUGGGGACUACUCCUUCCCAGUGGCACGGUGUGUACCAUGUCCAGACGGAACGUUUAAGCCAGAAACUGGAGACGACGUCAAGCUGUGUCUGCCCUGUCCUGAAUACACGACAGUCAGCACAAGUGAUCGACGUUCUUGUUCUUGUUUCCGUAAAGCUGGUGGAGAGAGUUUUAACACUUCAAAGUUCACCUUACAUUUCGACAAGAUAACCUUAAGCUGUCAGCUCGUGGAUAAGGCGUUCGUUAAUACUAUCGGGGAUGGCACAGCUAGCAACAACUCCGUGUACACACGCUCGGAGCAGUUUCCCUGUGAGCGAGGUUACUUCUGCAAGGAUGGAGUGCGUUCUCCAUGUCCUGCAGGGUAUUACGGUGACAGAACGUUAGAAACUCGACCAACGUGUUCUGGUACUUGUUCGUCCGGGUUUUAUUGCCCCCUUGCGAGUUGGAACAGUACAGCUCGUGUAUGUGGAGACUCGAGUUUGUUUUGUCCAAGUGGAAGUGUCGUCCCCACUCCCGUUUCGACAGGUUACUACUCCGUUCGACCCCAGCCAUUCGAAGCCGAUAUCAUCGCUAAAGCUGAAGCUUCCAGCGUUGAAUCAUCGAAGAGCGGGGACAUCAUUGACGGACAGCGGGUUUGUGAGCCUGGGGCGUUCUGUAUUGACGGCAAGAAGUUUUUGUGUCCUGCUGGACGGUAUGGGGAUAAACCAGGAGAGACUUCACCGCUCUGUACAGGGUUGUGCACUCGAGGUUAUUACUGUCCCGAAGGAAGUACAAGUCCAACGCAGAUGGAGUGUGGGGGCGAUGGAUUCAUCUGUCGAACGGGGUCACGAGAGCCACUGCUCAUACCACAAGGCUAUUAUUCUGUCGGUAUCACCAACACUACACGAUUCUUUCAGAGACCUUGUGAACCAGGGUAUUUCUGCGCUAAUGGCGUCAAGUACCAGUGUCCUGCUGGCACCUACGGUGCUACAAGUGGUCUUAGCACUGCAGAUUGCUCUGGUAAGUGCGCUCCUGGGUACUUUUGCCCUUCGUAUCCAGGACCGCCGAGUAUCUCGAGGACACAGAGUGAAUGUGGAAGCAGCGUAACAUACUGUCCUGAAGGUACGGGGAAUGAGCCGUUGUUCGUGAGAAGUGGGUACUAUAGUGUCUUAACGAGUGGAAUGGUCGACGAUGGUCACAAUGCGACUCAGAACGACGUAAGCAUCUGCCCCAAGGGUUUCUACUGCCGUCAAGGUAUUCGGAUCCGGUGUCCGGAAGGAACUUACGGUGACAUUGAAGGACUUAGUGCGGCGUCGUGCAGUGGCUGGUGCCCUGCUGGCUACUUUUGUCCGUACGCUACGACAGAUUAUCGAGUGAAUCCAUGUCCUAUCGGGACGUACUCAACGAAAGGAGCUGCAGAGUGUAUUCAAUGUCCGAUUUCUUCACAAAGUAGAGCAUCAGUGCUGAAGACGUUCCAGUUACCCCCACUAGAGCAACCACCAUGUACUACACACCGCGAAUGCUGCUUCUUCGGCUAAGGAAUGUAAUGGUGACCUGAUCAGUGCUUACGAAUUAUGCAGGAAAAGAUUAUGCCAUGUAAUCCAUGCUGA